AAGAUUAUAUAAUAACUUUGAAAAAACCAAAUUUUUAGAAGUACAUAAUCUUUUACUAGUAGUUAAUAUUUUAUUUUUAAAAAUAAUUUAAUUAUUUAAUAAGUAUAUGAAAGAUUACUAUAUACAUUGAUAACAAGUUUUGUGGACACUUUUGCAUAGUUUAUAUUAUAUCAAUAAAAAUUUGGAAAUCAUAACAUAAUUUUUAAAACUGUUAUAAAAAAUUAAUCAGUGGAAAAUCAAUGUUACUAAGUGCAUUAAAAUUAGAAAUGUUACAAUGUUAUUUCAAACUUUUAAAUAAAAUUACACCUAGUUUGAUUGAAAUAAUAUAACAAACAAUAGUUAAUGAAAUUCUUGCAAUCAGUUGGGUAUUAAUUUGCAUGACUCACCAAAAAAAUAUGAAUCUAAACAAUAAAUACUAAAGCACAAAAAAUAGCAUAGCAUGCUUGUUACUCUUUGCAUGAAAAUGAGAGAUAGAAUGGAUGAGUACAAAGAUAUUUUAUUAGACGAGCAAGAGUGUAAAGAUAGUUUAUAAGUCGAAGAUAUUUUAUCAGAGAAUGGACAAGUAAAAAGAUAUUUUAUAAGACAACCAUGAGUGUGUAGCAUGUCAAGCAUGUUUUGUUUUUAUUAUUAUUAUUGUCAUUGAAACAUUUAAAACAUAUUACGUGCGUAUGUAUGUAUAUAUAUAUAUAUAUAUAUAUAUAUAAUACUUUAUUAUGCAAAAGAAGCAGGCGUUAGGCGGUGAAUGAGAGGCGGUGGCCCUCCGCAUCCGCAGCGUCCGAUCCGUGAUCCCCACUAGAAUGUGAAUCAAGGACGGCGCGACGGGCAUCCAGCGGAGUCGCACGCUUACCGCGGUGGUCCUCGACGCCAUGCCUGCAAUGGAAAACGGAAUCAAUUGAUAUCGAGGAUGAGGACCCAAUGAUGUGGUUUUUGUUGUUGUUGUUGUUGUAGUCACAGGGGCAGCUGCAGGUUCUAGUGUGACAGCUUUUGCGUCGAUCCUGCAGUUUCUGUGAGUUUUUGUGUUGCUACAGAUCGUCUUUGAAACUGUUGAGGCUACUGAAGCGACUGGUUUUUGUCGCUAGAGGGACGUGAGCUCCAAGGGUCCAUGAAUAAACUGCGCGGCAGCGUCAGGAGAUGUGCAAACCGGGAUCUCAGGUGCAGAUUUUGAAUUGGAAGAUUUGGCCCGGGUGCCACGCUGCUAGAUUCGCAACACGAGUCUGGAAAUACAUCUGAGAGGAAAUCACCUCGUCUUAAAAUAUGAAAACCAACUUGGGUAUCCAUAAAAGAAAGCAAUCGGUGUAGCAGGGUGGGCGGCUUCCGAGUGAAAUUUGGAAGAAGUCCUGGGGAAUCACGUGGGAUCCACGUGGGCACAGGAUCGUAGAAUCCGGAGGGCACCUCGCAUUGAAGGAUCCGCUAGUAACUACGUGCCGUAUAAGCGACUCGUUAUCAAUAGAUCUGUUUGCGACAAUAACACAAACUUACGCAUCAGGCCUCCGUCCAAAAUUUCCCUUUAGUCAGAUUCUGUGGAACAAACAUAUUUCUGUAUCUAAGGCGGAAAUCAUUCAAUGCUGUCAACAUGCUGGUGUUGGGUUAUGACGUUGAAUUUGUUUGUCUCUUUUUCCUUCCUCGAUAUCGUCGUCCAUAAUGAGCUUAACUUCAUCAACAGUGUCCUCCAGGUAGUAUCUUGGAGACAGGAUAAUGUAGCCAGCUUGUGGAGGCAGUGACCACAGUCGUAGCCACCGAGGCGCUCCUCAAAUGAGCUUUAGCGAUGAUGAAGCUCAUGCGUUGGUACCACUGUCGACCCAACCCUUGUCUUGCCUUGGGAAAGGGAUCUGGUAAGCAAAAAAUUGGUGAGGUUGAACCGGAGUUGGCGAUUACAGGUAGUAGUAGCUCGAAGCUUCUAGUCACCGUUGACAGCUUCGGCGCGGUAAAUGUUCUCACCCCGGACAAGUUUGGUGCACUACGAGAGCCGGAAGGUGAAAGGCCAAAUGCCUGCUUUGAUGUUCAAAACAAAGUAGAGUCCAGUACCAGAUCUUCCAAUCCAUUUGAACAUUACGCUCGAGGUAGCAAGUAUUCUCAAGCGUGUCCUGAAGCGACGGGUUCUACAAAUGAUUCUACAUGGACCAAGUACAUGGAAGUCUUUGAAGACAAAGGAACAGGCGUUCUCAGCAGUAAGGAAACUGGUGCUCAAAACCCUGGAUUGCAGUCUUCAACUCCUAUCUUUUCCACUCUUCACGAGAGGACAUCAACAAGAAGUGGUGGUGGACCACGAGUGCGACGUUUCUGCUCACCAACUGAAUAUGUUGUGGGUGAAACGCUCAAACAGCAAGGAUUCUCUAGAAAAGAUCUCGUCGUAGCAGAUCAUAAUGUGUCCCAGCCAGUUGCUGAAGAUAGAUCAUUACCUACAGCUCACUCCAGGUGCUCCCAAGCUCCCAUCAUUGUAACACCGACGCGUACUCCAACUGUGGGUUACAGUUUUGAAAGAACUUUACUGGUACAGGGCUCAUCUCAUUCGUCACUGCCGAACGAACAAAUUUCGCUGGAGGUUCUCCCAAGGUUUCCGCUCAUGGUUCCCGGAAGCUCGGGCGAUGCAAGGCAUUCUCGAGAGUCGACUGACCAGUAUCCCCGGAGAAUAGAGUACAAAUUUGCUUCUGCAAGUCUGGAAGCGUCCUUACUUCAGUAUAUGGAAGAAAGAGAAAGAAAACAGAUCAAUGAAGCAUAUGAAGAGAACCGAAUGCGCGGGUAUGUCACAUCACCGGAGGAUUUGAUAUGGGGAAGUGUAAAGCAUUACUGCGGAAUAGUACUAGACAGAGAAACCAGAACUCUUCUCGGCACUGCCGUGCUUUUUGUACCUCCUGAUCCUUCAAUGUCAGGAUGUUCCACAUUUUUCAAGUCUGCGUGGGUUACUUGCGUGAAAGUGGUGGAAGGUCGCACAGAGGUUCUUAUCAAGACUAGCAAGGGAGGUAUCCAUGUGGCGCAGCUCAUGCUUACCAGCACAACCCUGGGAUUAGCCCUUUUCAGCGUUCAUGUUUGGCAGGGAACAUUUGCACUAGCCUUCCUCAGCAGAGUGACUGGGCCAGCAAGUCUUCCACACCGACUGUUUGUGGAUGUAGCGCGUAAUGACCGAGUUUAUGUCAUCGGAUAUGAGGAGCCUUUGGGAUCUGAGACCGGACUCCUCGCAGAUGUGAGAGUCCGAUCGGGAAGAGUAAUAGAUGCUGGGAGGCAUGCAAUUGUUGAAAUUGACUUCGAAACCGGUCGAUUGGGUGGUUCCAUCAAUAUUGCAGCAGGGUUUCGAGGCGGGCUGGUUGUUCGAGCGGAUGGAUUGCUGGCAGGGUUGGUGACUGGUGAGAUCUUGGGCGGUCACCCAACUAAUAUUGAUUUUUCUUAUGCCAUUAAUAUCUACUCCCUUCUUGCGGAGCUCUAAGUAGUACCACCCCAAUAGUGGCGAAUGCCAUUAAUUUGUGGAUGGCUUCGUUCUUACAAAUUCUGAGAAACACUUAUAUGUAGUCUGAAGCAAGUGCGGCUCCACAGAAAAGCUUGUUGAGGACUCGGUGCUCGUCUAUGAGAAUUCUCUGGAUAAUGCUAGUCUGAGUCAGUAUCUACUUCAGAAGUAAGAUAAUAUCCCAGAAUUUUGUACUUACCAUCAGGUAUUUAUUACCUGGUAAAACAAUUUUUGUCACAAAGUGCAAAAUAUCUACUUCGACCCUGAUUCAUAAUU